AUGUCUUCCUACACAAGUAGAUAUCGACCAUCCACACUUGGUUCGAGUGGCAUAAAUUAGAAUCAAGCAGCUACAACUUAAUCUAGCUACCGAACAUCAGUCACAACAACUACAACAUCAUCGAAUUUGUCAGUACCACAAACGAGCACUACAAGUACAUUUGAGAGAUCGGAAGGAAGAAGAUCAAGUACAAUUAAAGCACCACCUGCUACAGCGUAAAUAGUUAUUUAUAUGAAGUGUUCAAAUGGCACCACCAUCAGGGGAGAGAAAAUGGUUAGGAAAAUACCCAGAAGUUGUUUGUUUCCUUUUGGCUUUGGAAAAUGAUCGUGUAAUGAGAGAAAAUGAUGCUCUCAUCAAAAGAAUAAAGGAGUUGGAAAGUUAGAGUGAGGGUGGAGAUGUUAGAGUAAGGGAAUUACAAGCAAAAUUAGAUUAAGCAAAUAGAGAUAUAACGCAAUACAAAUCUGAUAUUGAUAAACAUUUAAUAAGAAUCAAGCAGUUGGAGACAGAGAUUGCUGAUUACAAGUCACGAUUAGGGUAGGUUGAUAAUUCACUUGCUUAGAAGUUAAAAGAUGCUGAACGUAAGAUCACAGAUUAUGAAAGAGAUAUAAAUUAAUGGAAGAGCAAAUAUUCAACAGAUAAAUCAUCAUGGGAUUCAGAAAUGAAGAGACUACAAGAUUUGCUAUCGUAAAGGUAGAGAGAAUUGGAUGAUUUGAAAAACAACUCAGGAAGGAAUUUGGAUGGAUUAUAAAAAUAAAUUAGAGAUUAUGAAGUCAGAAUUAGGGAUUAUGAAAACAAGUUUAAUACAUUGCAAUCAGAGAUAGACAGAUUAACUAAAUUGUUAAAUGAAAGAAAUGCUGAAAAUGAUAAGUUAAAGAAUGAUUUAAAAAAUAAGUUACUUGAAUGUGAUGAUUGGAAGAAUAAAUAUAAUACUUUGCAGUAAUAAUUCACUUCUAUGAAAUCUCAAUAUGAAAGUAAGAUUAAUGAUUUAAGUAACUAAUUGCAAUAAAGGGAUCGUGAUCUAAAUGAUUGGAGAAACAAGUAUUCAACACUUGAGAAUAAAUACAACAAUCUAGGAAAUCAAUAAAAUGGAUCAGAAUAGAAAUUGAAUUAAUUAACAUAAUAAUCACAAUAACAAGCUAGAGAAAUCGAUAGAUUAAAUGGAUUGUUGAGAGACAAAGAUGCAUAAAACAACUCUCUUAAGGAAAAGUUGGCAAGAGCAGAAUAAGACAACAAAAACCUAUUAGAUUAAAUUAAUCAAUUGAAUCAAAUGAUUAAGUAAUUAAAUAGAGAAAUUGAGAAAUUAUAAGGAGAUUUAAAUGGCAGAAUAAAUGAAAUCAACUAUUUGAAUUAAUAGCUUCAAAAAUGCAACGACAAUAUUCGCAAUUUAGAAGAUUAAAUUAAUAAAUUAAAUGAUGAUAUCAUGAAUAAUAGAGAUGAAAUUAUGAGUUUAAAGAGUCAGAAUGAAUAAUUGAAUAAUAAAAUUAAUGAAUUAAAUGAAAGAGCUGGAUAAUAACAAGGAGAUCUACAUGCAGCUAAUUCAGAAAGAGAAGAGAAAGAACUUACUAUUAAAUAGAUUAAAGAGUAAUUGGAUCAGUUGUUAACAGAUAAAUAGAUUUUGGAGUAGCAAUUAAAUGAUUUGAAGAAUGCUCUUCAACAGAAGAAUGAUGAUAUCAGUAAAUUGAAUUAAUAGAAUAAGCAAAGAUUGUAAUAAUUGAUGGAUUUGUAAAAGAAAUGUACAGAGUUAGAGUACACCAUCAGCGAAUUAAGAGGAGUAGAACUGAAAUGCAAAUUAUUAGAAGACAAAAUUAAUGAAUAUCAGAAGUUGAUUGAUGAUUUGAAGAGAAGAGUUGCUUAAUAAGAUUUACAAUUAUUAUAAGCAUAAGCAAAUGAGAAAAGAUUGUAAGAUUAAGAUAUUCUCCUUUAGAAUUAAGCUAAAGAACUUCAAAGAUAAAAUGAUCAAAUUACCUCUUUGUUGAAGGAGAACGACUAAUUAUAAUAGUAAAUUUUAUAAUUGGAAAAUGAAAUCAAUAAAUUGAGAUCCCUUGAGAAUUAUGUUGCUGAUUUAGAGAAAUAAUUAUAGAAUGCAUAAGAUGAGUUAAACAAAUUGAAAUAAUUGUUGGACUCAAGAACACAAGACUUAAAUGAUUGGAAACUAAAAUAUUAAUAAUUAUAGCCCUUAGAAGAUUAAUACAGAGUCUUAGAGGAGAGAUUUAAGUAGGCAGAAUAGAGGGUUUAAUAACUCUAGAAUGAUAUUGAAAAAUUGAAUAAAAUAAUCCAAUAAAAUUAAAUUGAUAUAGACACUCACAAAUGGAAUUUGAAUCAAUAAGAAAUGACAAUGAAGGUCAAGGAUGAUGCUUUGGAAGCUUUAAAUGAAAGAAUGAACAAUUUAGUUCAUGAUUACGAGGAGGAGAGGAAGAAAUCUCAGGAUUAUGAAUAAUUAUUGGCUCAACACUAAUAAAACUUAGAUAAAUUGGCUUAAGCUCAAACAUUAAAUAAUAAUUUAUAGAGUGAUUUAAAUAAUGCCAUAAAGGAUAUAGAAUAAUUAUAGAGCGAGAAUCAUGACAUGAGACAAGAUUUACAAGAAUUAGAAAGAUAAAUUUAAGAGUUCAAAUAGAAUGAAGCCAGAUACAAAGAUAUUGAAAAUAAAUUUAAUUAGCAAUUAAAGGACAUUGAAAGAUUAAAUGAACAAUUGAGAGAAAAGACUCACUAAUUUGAUGAAUUAAAUUCAUAGUUUGGAGCUUUGGACUUAUAAUUGUAACAAGCAAACUAAACUAUUGAUGAGUUAAACAAAAGGUAUAAAUUAAUGUGAUUAUUAGAAUUGCUGAAUUAGAACAAAUAAAGAGAGAACAUGAAGUUUUGAAGACCCAAACAGAUCAGUUGGACAAUCUAAAUAAAUAAUAUUCAGCUGAUCUUGACAGAUUAAAUGCAAUUGUUAAUUAAAGAUAGAAGGAAUUAGAAGACAUACGUUAAUUGAUGUAGAAAUUGGAAGAUAGAAUAGCUUAUUUGACUCCUUUUGAAGAGAAAGUAUAAAAAUUAAAUCAUACUUAGUUCCAAGUCCUGUCACCAAAGUAUUAAGAAUCACAAGAGGUAGUUGAAAGAUAGAAAGAGGACAUCAAUAAAUAUUAAGAACAAUUAAAGACUGUAGAUGAGUUAAAUAAAAAGUAAGAAUUGUUGAUUAAUAUUUUUAAGAGUCUAAGAUUGUAUGAUGAUUUUGACUAUGUAAUUUACAGAAUGUGAAGGAUUGAGGAGUUAAUUGGAGGAGAAGGACAAUCUAAUUGCAAAUCUUCAAUAAUAAUAGCACCAAUGAUGAAUA